UUCAUUUUCCAAGUCUCUCUUUUACUAUACUCAAUAUUCGAACACAGAAGGAGAAUCAUUUCCCCGAAAAACGCGCAUCCAAACAGAUGUGCAUGACUCGCUACCCCAAAUUCGAAAAAAUAACAAACAAAAAGUUAUAUGUAGGCAAAACGGCGACGGAACAACAGCUCCGGUCACACCGAACAAGCUGAGCUUGGGAGCCAACUCGAGUUCCACAUAUGCCUCUGUUUUAAGAAUCUUACAUGUCCAAGAACAGCGAUCUCCUCCUCUGCAUUGGGGAUGAGAUUUGUUUAUAUGAUGAAGAAGGCAAUGAACUGAUCGCCGAAGAUCCUUUGGAAACCCGCGCCUGUGCAAGACGAGUGUCUGGUCUCGAUCCCACUCUCAAAGCAGAGUCCAUUGGCACGCGCAUCUUUCGAGUCGAACCACAGCAAUCGUAUUCUGAGCAACGAGCACUCGAACAGUUUAUUGGAGAUGAGGAGGAGCGAGAUGCUCUAUACUAUGAGGGCUCACCAGAUGAGCUGAUUGAGCUCAGUGUUUUGGAGGCCAAAGUGACCAAGGAGCGGGCGCAGAACGAAACCGAAAAGCGGAGACUGCAUGGUACACCGGUCCUUUAUGGCGAAGUGAUCCAGCUAUACAAUGCACACUUUAAAAAAUACCUGACGGUGACGGGCCAGACUUGCAAAUCGGACGUUUCGCAUCUGCAGGUUAACUUGUCUAAGGAUGUGGUCGGCUACUUUCGUAUUGUGCCCCGCUACCGUAUUCGUGUCGACGGCGAACCUGUGCGCCUGGGUGACACUGUGGCAAUAAAGUGUCUGCGGCCAGAAGGAUUCUUAAAUGUCGGCACCAAGGCGCUGCACUCGGGUGUGUUUAGCGCUGAUUACUAUGAAGUGUUUACGCAUAGCCAAAUAUCGUCAUGGACCCUGAGGUGUCAUCGCUCGUCCCAAAGCUUAACAGAUACAAGUAAUACAAAGUGCAUCAAUGCUGGUCAAUAUAUCCGCUUCUACCAUAAGGAAAUGGAGGGUUACUUGGAGUCAUCUGUACUACGACGGGACAAAAAUGGUGUGCGAUUGACAAAGCAUAUUAUCAAUCCACUUGAUCCCAAGGAAACGGAUUCACCAUUGGCGUUUUGGGAGAUUGAGAACGCCGAUCCUUCGGAUGGUUCUAAGGUGCAGUGGAAGCGAUCAAUUCGCAUUCGGCAUGCAGCAUCGCGCGCAUACCUCUACAUUGACUCCAACAACGUCAGCAUUGAUAUGAACACGCACAAGGUCACGUUUUCAUUUGGUCUGGUAAAAAAUCCAAAGCGCGUGGAUGCCAACAACGAUGCUACCUUGUUCAAGUUCUUGCCCGUCUCAACAGAUUCGCAACGCUCGGGCGUACCCUUUGGCUCAUUUGUCCGUAUACAACAUGUGCUUACCAAAUGUUGGAUGCAUGCUGCAGCAGACGAAGAGCUUCGAUCAUCAACAUCACCAGUGCCAAUGGCAUUUACAUUAGCCCCAGAUCCACUAGAACGAGGUACCGGAGGCAGUGAUUUGCCUGCUGACCCAACAGAAGCUUCACAUAACCCAGCAGCAUCAGUGCCCGACCGAUACUACACCACCGAUCCGAAUCUUUCAGACCAAUUACAACAGAGCCGACUUGCCACUCCCACAUAUCAAGUUACUGCUUCGCAAGACUUUUAUUACCACGACUGCUUUUCCAUUACUCUCGUCAGCAACCGACUGACGGAUACUUUCAAUGUGGUCAACGAGUUCUUGCCCCAGUUGCAGUGGUUCUUGUGUAAGGAUAGGUCGUUUGUCUUGGAGAGUGGAAGCCGUUUUCCAAUAUCUACAGAGGAAUAUAAAGUGAUGAGCAACAUUUUGAAUGCUCUUGUCAGAUUUUGUACGAACAGCAAAGAAACGGAUCCGUCGCUUCGUGUUGGACUGCCGGACGAAUAUCACCAAGCAUUGCUACGUGAUAUCGGUUUAAUCGAAACAGUAAUCAAUAUGAUUCAAAUACCGUUCGAUCUUGCCAAACGGUAUGAAGUGCGAUCCUCAUUGGGUUAUGAUACGACAGUCAAACAAGAAGGUGCAAAAGAAGAUGCAGUAUCUAUUGUCAGUUUGCACGAUGGCAGUGAAGAACGUUUGAAGGAGAUUCUUGCACUUUGCUACAAUGUGUUGCGCAUAUUUUUGAUCGGCAGUUACGAAGAAGAUCAACAACUCGCUCGGAACCAACACCACAUCAUCCAAGUUGCAGGGGAUGCGGGAAUCGAACUGUUUAUGCGCCAUUUGACGUGUGGCGUUGGUGCAACUGACAUGGUGGUCCGUCUACUUCAAAACAACAGCAGCGUGAUUGAAGCGAUUUCAGGAGCACGCCCACACACGGUCGGUAUUCUGGUCAAUCUCGCCACGGAAAAGACGCGGGCAUUCAUCCGACGUCUUGUGCGUUGUGAUGAUGGCUAUAUCAGCGAAACAAAACAAGACUACGAGGCAGCUAGUGGACUUGAUUUGCUCAGCACACUUUGCCAUACGGAUAAACAGGGAUCGCUGACAUAUCACCGCGAUUAUAUCUCGGCACGUUUGUUUUCGGUAGAGAAUUGCUUGCUUCAGAUGCGGAUGGCACAAGAAGAAAUAAUACCAGGAGAGAAUGUUGACAGCGGUUACGUAGUAACGGCAUCCACGGUGGAGAUCAAUUUUCUCCAUGACAACGGCGCCUGGCGUAACCUAGAAACUCUGUUGAGAGAGAAUCAGGCGUCGGUUACUGUCUUUAUCGAAAGUGCACUUCAUUUGGUGUAUUCUGUCUCCUGGGGUACAAAUGCAAAAUCACUUGAGGCAAUACGACGAUGCAUCGGCAAAGACGUCUGUCUGACAUGUCUGGGUGACGUACGGUUGCCAGACCAGAUUCGCAGCAAGUUCUGUGAUCUUUUAACAGUUCUUUAUAUCGAUGUUCCACCCUUCACUCAGGUGGUCUUGUCGGAUUUUACCAUGCAGUACGAGAAUUUAGAUGAAUCCAACGACUAUCCUAGUGGUGGUACGGGUAGUUUCGAGAGCAAAUCGCCUGAAUUUUUCGACCACCUGAAGCGAUGGACGCUUGUUUUUCUUGAUGAUAAGCGACAUCAGUUCACUGCUGCAAAACAUGAAGUGGAAUUUCUGUCUUCUGUGCUAAAGAUGAUGCAUGCGCAGCUCCGACUAGGCUUUUUUACCGACGAUGAUGAUGUUAAACGUAUAUUUAGAGCACUCAUUCUUGUUCUUGACGGAAGAAGCGAUGCACGAAACGAGGAACACCUAAAGUCGAUUAAAUCUGAUUCUGCAAGACGAUGGAAAGAGCGGUUUAUCCUCACUGAGGAGACGCAGCCAGUAAUGAAUACCAAAAUAUUAAUUUUGGAAAUAUUCGACCUAAUCUUUGAUUUACGCUUGCAUGUGCGGAUGAAAAAGCUGGCUUCAAAGUGGAAAGCAAUGGAAACAAAGGUGGAUAAUGAACUCCAACACUCACCUCAUGCGGCGUUAAAUACGAUCUUCACUGAAACAAUGCUACGACAGCGCGAAAAUAUCCUUAUGCCUAUUAUCAAGGAUAUCUUGAAAUACCAAUAUGCUCCUUUGAAGCGAAUUGCUGCAAUUGUGAUGCAUCGCAUAUACAGUGACAGUGAGGAUCUCUUUAGCAAAGCCCAGCAGGUCUUGCUGCUUAGUCAACCACAGCAUGUCUUUGUUUAUCAUGGAGUUAAAAAGCGAUUGGCACUACUUGGAUCGUUUCUCUCUGUAGAUCGGCUAGGCCCAACACAUUUACCGCAGGUGGAAGCUAUUGUUCGAGAAUUAAUUGAUUUGUUCCGGGGCAAGACAAUUGAUUUCAAUGACGAAGCAAUCCAACUGGAGAACAACCAGCAAGAUCAACGCAACAUUUAUUGUAAGGUCUUUACCAAUCUGAGCGCUCAUUCCAUGAUCAUACAGCUUUUGGGUGCACUCAAGGGAUUACCAGCAAAGACAUCGUCUUCCAGAGGAAGUCUUGCCUCAGAAGACCAACGAAGCUUGGAUUAUCCUGACGAAGAAUCGGCUUGCAUAACUGCAAUGAAGACGUGUUUGGAAUUUUUCGACGAACUUGUCAAAGAUGAUAAAGAUCUACAGAGUCAACUAGUAUUGGAAAACAUCGAUUUAUUGAUUGAUGUUAGUGCAUUCAGUCCAAUACUAGCGGCAACACUUUAUCCAAUAUGCCAAAACAACCUGCAUAUCAGUAUCCGCAUCCGUGAAGAACAUCUCCAGCGAAUCUUGGAGCUCUCGCGUGGAUUCCAGAAAGAGUAUUUUUAUCUACUCGUUGGGUUUAUGAAAGCUCAAGGGAAAUUGCUAAAGAAGCAUCAGGACUGUGUAAUGCGCUUUAUCAUGGAGAACCGCCAGUUGUACGUGCCGUUCGAAUCCCACAUAGAUUUAAAGGCUACUGACCGAAUGGACUAUUGUAUAUCAUUGAUGGAUCUUUUGGCGGUGUGUGGUCAAGGUGGAAAUACUUUUGGACAAUCGUUUGCCCGUACAAUCCUUGGAUUAAGAGAUAUCACAGCUGUGAUUGAAGAUCCAGAUGCGCCUCUUGGGCUCAAAGCUGGCGUUUUUCGGUUCUUUGUGUCGAUAUACUUGGAUAAUACCGAGGUACUAUCUAACAAUGUCCCUGUGAGCGACGAAGCAAGCAUACGCACAUUGAUGAAGACGGUGUACCGCGAAAUGAUUGAGGCGAGACACAAGAAUACGGAUCCAGAGACCAUGGAUUAUGUUUACAAUGGCCUGCUUGUCUUUCUGCGGUCUAUUUUCGAAUAUCAUCUCAGCGUCGAAACAUCUGUGGAUGAAACGCUUUAUCUACUCUGUCCGCAGCUGGUGGAUCUUACAGUCGAUCUGAUGGCGACGGCUCCAGAAGGAACUGCUCUCAACCAUACGUUAGCAUGUCUCGAUAGCAUGAUCAAUGUGGCUGGCUUCAGAGGAUCGGUGGAUCCUGCCGAACUACGCGUCAAGCUACGAGAAGCCAUGGUGGAAAGAAGCAAACCAAGCACUGCAGUUGCCAAAAUUCGACCAUUGGAUUCUAUUAAUACAAAGUUUCAAGGAUUUAUUCGGGCUGUUAUGGCUCACAAAGAUGUACGGCAUCUGAUGGAAUCGGAGUUUAAGCGGCUUGGAUUUCAUUUCAACCUUUCAGUGAGAGGGUCGGACCAGGAUGUCAAAUCGCUCAUUGAUUAUCUUUCCAUGACAACCAGUGUCAAAAGACAGGAUAGCCGCGAGUCUUAUCAAGUAUCUACCAUCAAGCUGCUUGAAGAAAUACCCUUAAAGUAUAUUCGCGAACGCUCGACGAUCGCCCACCUCGAUGACCCCGGAAGAUAUGAACUUCUGGAGAAGAAAAAGACGCACGCUCAAAACACGUUGAACCGAUUGGGCUGUACACUGGUGGCUCAGAACUUGCUUUCAUCGCCACGAAGGGCUAUAUUCGAGGCUGCUCUGAAGCUACUAAUUGCCCUUCUUGAAGGUGGUAACAAGAAUGUUCAGGAUAAAUUGGAAGAAUAUUUUUAUAGCAUACGUGAAGAGCGAUUCUUUUACUCUUUUCAUCAUCGAUUACAAAGUGGUAUCGCGUCACUCAAAGAGGCACAAUUACACUUGUCACGUGCCGCAUACAAGAUGAACCGACAGCAAUCCAUCAUGAAUGUCGACUUAUCACCAGCUCCUUCUAUGGCAAAAAAGGAAAACCAUCGCCAGAAAAAGAAAAAUCGUUCUUCGCUUGACGUGACGCGAUCACAUAUUCGCAAACGGAUGCUGUUGAAUGGUAGCAAUAGUAAUACUGGCGCUAGCACCGGUAGUAGAUCCAAAAAAGGUGACGCAAACUCGGCUAUGGUUUACCAAAAGAUAUCCAAUUUGAUGGCCAGCGAAACAGCUGAAUUUGGUACUGCGUCCGAGGAUUUUAAGGCCAUGACAGAUACCAUGCGAGCCGUACAGCUGAUGGUCGAAGGUCACAACAUCAAUCUGCAGACCUACCUUGCAAGGCAGCCAGACAAUAUCAAGAGCUUCAACAUUGUACAAGAUGUGGUGGAGUACUUACAUGCUAUUGUCCCGAUCUGCAAUAUUCAAAAUGUACGGCUUAUUAUACAAGUGCUGGACACUAUCACGGAAUUGGCCCAAGGAUGCAUCGAAAAUCAAGUGACCAUCUAUGCAGGCAAAAUACUUAAUCCUGCCAACACGAUCCUUCGUGAACGCUAUACCAAUUGCCCCACCUCGCUAAUUAAUGAACUUAAGAGCAAAGUAGCAAUUUGCUUGCUUAGUUUGCUGGAAGGAGGAAUUGAUAACAGCGAGACAAUAUUCCGUGAAAUGGCUGCCUCUUUGGACCUCAACGUUGUGGUGCAAAACAUGAAUGCCAUUUAUGACAAGAAUGCGGACCAGCUAGAAUCUCCUGAUGCAUAUGAAAAACUAGAUUGUGGCUUCCAAUAUUGUAUCCUCUUGAUGACAUUAUGGCCAGCGCUUGAUGAAAGUCAGCGCAUCUUACUCGAUGGAAACCGGGCGUUCGAAUUCUUUCAAAGUCAUACAGGCAAAAUUGAGGUAGUGAUGGAUUAUAAUCAGGAAAAACAGCUUUCAAGGGUCCUGUUUCCUAUCCCUGAAGUUUGCAAAUACCUCCGCGAAGAUACAAAACAGCGUUUUCUUUGGAGUGUCAAGCGAGAUUCGCCAUCAGCCAAGAUCGAGAACUUUGUCCAACUGUCUGACAAUAUCAUUUAUGAGAUCGAUAAUCAUGCAAAGGUUGCCCGCAAUCAGUAUUUAUCGCUACUUUCACGAUACAGCGCUGUAUGGUGGCGUGCAUCUUAUGCUAUGACUAUUCUGCUCAACCUAUUGGUUCUCAGCUGCUCUUCGUAUAUGCUGGUUGGCGAUAACGAUUCGAAUGGUUACUGUUAUCGAUUCAAAAACGUGGCGCGCGUCUUCUUUGGCCUUUUCCAUCUCCUGUUUUGGCUUUUGUCAACCACUGAAUUUUAUUGUAUCCAAUUACCGAUUUUGGUGAAUCGCCAUUCAGUACAAAGCGAAACAGCAGCAGUACGGCGUCAAGAUGCCACUGGGCGACCAACGGAUAAUCGGUCUCUGACUCGGUUUCUAUCUCACAAGGAUAUUCGAUUUAUCUUGGCAAGUUUAGGGGAGCAGACGUUCUUGUACCACAUCACGAUGCUCGUUUUCUCGCUCCUCGGGCUGUAUAGUCCGGGCUUUUAUUCAAUCCAUCUGCUUGACUUUGCGUUCCGUGAUCGUAUUCUACAAGGUGUUAUUGCCAGUAUCACGUUGAAUGUUAGCUCAAUUACACGAACAGCCAUACUUGGUGUGAUCGUGGUUUAUAUCCAUAGUGUCGUUGCUUAUGUCUUUUUCCGUGAGGAAUUCGAUGUUACCAAAGGCCUUCACUGCUCGACUUUGACACAGUGCUUUGUUACUGCAUUGUCGCACGGUGUUCGAUCUGGCGGAGGCAUCGGUGAUAUUUUAGAACCGGAUGCGCUUGAAGAUCCCCGAGGCUGGCGAACUGCGUUCGAAAUGUCCUUCUUUUUGUUAGUGGUUGUGUUUCUGCUGAAUGCCAUUUUCGGUAUUAUCUUUGACACCUUCGGACAUCUGCGUGAUGAGCGAUCAUCCAUUCAGCACGAUAUGAAGAACACAUGCUUUAUUUGUAGCAUUCCAUCUGUCGAGUUCCAACGCUUAGCGAAGAAAGGAUUUGAGGAUCACGUUCGCCACGAUCACAACAUUUGGCAAUACCUUUUUUUCCUGGUUCAUUUGAAAACCAAGGAUAGAACUGAAUACACUGGCCCAGAGUCAUAUGUCUCGGAAUGCCUCAAGGAAGCCAAUUACAGUUUCUUUCCUGUCAAUCGCGCACUUUGUCUCAAACAGGGUGAGAGCGAUGAUGGUGAGCGACUCGAAAAACUCGAAGAAGUGGCACAGAUGCUGCUGCAAAAGGUUAAUGGCAUGGAGGAGCAUAUAGAAAAGCUGGCAGACAUGCAGAGUCGAUCAAGAUCUAAUAGUCUGAUGUUAUCACCGAUGUAAAUAUCAAUAAAAAAAAAUAAUGAUAAUAAGCGUACUAUGCA